AUGGCAGGUCAUGAGUACAUUGAGCUAGAAUCGUUUUCAGAUAACUCUAGUGACUUUAACAGUAAACAGCUGCAUGAUAAUAAGACCUCGUCAAGUUUCUCAUUGACAGCUCUCAAUAAAGCACAGCUUCUAUUAAUCUUGCUAAGACUCGGAGUCAUUAGCGAUGAUGUUUACGAAACAGGAGUUUUGCCUUCUCCGAGCAAAUUUUCACAAGGCACAAAGUAUAUGAUUGAAAAAAUCACUAGUCUAUCAGUUUUUGAUGCAAUUGAAAUAUUACGAAAUGCGCUAGCAGAUCACAAAGAAGAUGUCAAUUUUCUUCGUGAAGAUUACCGGCUUCUUGAAAGAUUAGUGAGUCAAAUCCCCGAAGGAUUUGGAGAACGCAAGGACGACUGCAAUGAUAAAAUAAAGAGAAAUCUGGAGAAAGUUAUAGAGGAGAGAUAUAUUGAUACGUUCAAAAACAAGACAUACUUGCAUAUCAUCGACUGGGAUUUACAGGUACGACUCGAAGCAGCAUUGAUUGAGUUUCACUCGCCCUAUCCAGAAAUUAGAGCCAUUACUGACCCCUACGAUGACCCCAAUGUGCCAGUAGAGACUUUUCGAUGCUAUUUCAUAGGGUUUACCUGGACAUUUAUCGGAUCUAUUAUUAAUAGUUUCUUUGUCCAUAGAAUGCCCAGUAUUGGGCUUAAUUCGCAUACAAUCCAGAUAUUGCUAUUACCAUGUGGGAAAUUGUGGGAAAGAUUUGUACCCAAUAAAAAAAUAGCACUAGGUCUGCUAUCGUUUGAAUUGAAUUCGGGGCCAUGGACGUAUAAAGAAAUGAUGCUUUCUACAAUUAUAUACCUGUGCUCUGCAAGCAUCCCUUACCUGAUCUACAACAUUUUUGUGAUGAAAAUCGACAAAUUUUAUGGCCUCAAAUGGGUCGGCAUAGUCUUUCAAAUAUUGCUCACGAUAUCAACGCAGUUUCUAGGCUUUAGUUUUGCAAUGAUUAUGAAAAAGGUUUGUGUUUAUCCAAGCAAAGCCAUUUGGCCAACACUACUUCCAACAAUUGCAUUAAACAAGGCUUUGAUGAAUGAGGGCGAAAAUAAUAAAGUUCACGGGUGGAGCAUAUCUCGAUACAAAUUCUUCAUGAUUGUUGGCGUUUGCAGCUUCAUUUACAACUGGGUCCCAAUGCACUUAUUCCAAGCACUUUCAAACUUCAACUGGCCUACAUGGUUCAACCCAUCACUGAUACAUUUAACCAAUAUUGCCGGCUCCACAAUGGGAUUGGGGCUUAACCCACUACCAACGUUUGAUUGGAACCAGCUCAAUGCAGGUGGUUGCUUAACCGUUCCGUUUUACACGUAUAUGAACAAAUAUUUGGGUAGUCUCUUGGGGUUUAUUGUGAUCUUGAUUGUUUAUUACACAAAUAACUACUAUACAGCAUUUCUCCCUAUAAACUCAAAUAGAUUGUUCAACAAUAAAGCCGAGGUUUACAAAGUUCAUGAUAUUUUGAAUGAAAAGAACCAAUUUGACCAUGGAAAAUAUCAAGAUAUUGGACCGCCAUAUUUUUCUGCUGCGAACUUGGUGCUCUAUGGUGCAUAUUUCUGCCUCUAUCCAUUUGCAAUACUAUAUCAUUUCGUCACUGAAUGGAGUUCGACGAGAGCAAGUUUUCAUAGCGUAUGGCUUUCAAUAACUGAUGCAUUUGGGAAAGGAAAAGGAAAUGAAACACAAACUGGUGCAGAACACCGUUUUGGUAGAUAUGCCUCUGAUGCUCAUUGCAAGAUGAUGGCCAAAUAUGAUGAUGUUCCAGACUCGUGGUUCAUUGCAAUAUUGGUGGUGAGUACCUUGUUUGCUGUUGCCACUGUACUUUUUUACCCAGUAGAGACACCAGUGUGGGGAAUUUUUUUCACUAUUUUGAUCAACUUUAUUUUUCUAAUUCCGUUAACAGCAAUUGCUUCAGUUACCGGGUUUUCAUUUGGAUUGAAUGUGUUGGUUGAACUCAUUGUUGGAUAUGCUAUACCCAACUCGGGAUUGGCAUUGAUAACAUUGAAAGCAUUUGGCUACAACAUCGAUUCUCAAGCAAGUAACUAUAUCACAGACCAGAAGUUGGCACACUAUUCCAAAGUUCCGCCAAGGGCGAUCUUCAAGGGACAAUUAAUCUCAACCUUGAUUAAUAUUGUUGUGUCGUUAACGGUUGCAAAUUGGCAGCUUGCACAUAUACCCGAUAUUUGUGAUUCGCACCAAAAAGAUAAAUUGAGUUGUCCCGGAGCAAAUACAUAUUUCUACUCGAGCAUUCAGUAUGGAGAGAUUGGACCUGCAAAAGUAUUUAGUGGUAUUUACCCUAUUCUCAAAUGGUGUUUUUUACUUGGCGCAUUAUUAGUUUUACCGUGUGUUUGGUUUAAAAAAAAUGGGCCUCAGAGAUUAACAAUGUAUUUCCAGCCCAGUAUCAUCAUUGGCGGGUUCCUCGAUUUUGCUCCGUACAAUCUCCUGUACUUUACUGGCGGGCUAUAUCUUUCAUAUAUUUUCAUGUACCAAAUUAAGAAGAAUUACUUGCUUUGGUGGGAAAAGUAUAAUUAUAUCUUGACGAGUGCAUUAUCUGCUGGUGUUGCGUUUAGUUCAUUGUUGAUAUUCUUUACGGUACAAUAUCAUCCUCGAGAGUUGAAGUGGUGGGGCAACUUGGUCAGUCAGCAGGGCAUUGAAGGCGGGUAUUUACCUGACAUAUGGAAGGAUGUGUCAACUGCGCCUGAUGGGUAUAUUGGUUUGCGUAAGGGCAACUAUCCAUAG